CUACGGGCGUGAAAGGUUCCGGGUUAAAACUGAAAGCCAUUCGGAUCUGAGCUUGGCGGCUGGCGGUGACGGGCAAUCAUCUGGUUACAAUUAGGCGCCAAAGUCAAUGUUUGACUCCGUCUACAAAGUCUCAAUGAUCAGAGCGUAACAACGCCGACCAAAUUUGCCAUUUCCUACUUCUAAUCAACUAUUCUUCUCCAAAUUCCUAUACACUUAUGCUUAUUGUUCAAUCUCACAAUCUCUCCGUUACCGCCACAUGAUGUCAUCACCACCAAUAUCGGCGGCCAUUGACUCCAUCCACCUCUCCCUUACCGGCCUCUGCUCCUUCACCGACCCCGAUUCCUUUGAAAACUCUCGCCUGUUCUCCGGCUACGCUCGCCGUCUCCAGCUCCUUUUCAACCAUCUUCUUCGGUCGUUCUCGCCGCAGGACCUUCCUGCCUCCGUACGGACUGCACUCAAAGGCAUCUCCAUUGAUCUCUCCCAGGCUGCGGAAACUGUGUCGCUUUACAGGAAGAGGUGCAAGAUCUUCGUCUUGGUUAACUGCCACUCGCUGCGCGCCUCUCUCCAGGACCGCACCACUGCAAUCGGCGCAUGGCUAGCACUAAUAGAAUCCUCCCUCCCCGACGACGUCUCUGAUCUCCGCAAGAAAACAGCCGAUCUUUCUCGAGAUAUGAAACAAGCUCACUUCAGAGUGACAGAGAAUGAGGAGCGAGUGCAUCGUAUAUUGGAAAAAGAAGCGCAAGGGAAGCAAACAACCAAGGCUGUACAAAGCGCUAUUGUCAUGGAUUUAGCUCGAGCUUUAGGCAUUGAUUCUGAAAAUAAUGCACAACUGGCAGAGCAAGUGAGGCUGUUAAAAUGCGAUCUGGCACUCUCCAAUUCUGUAUUAGAAAGGAGAAUUCUUGUUUCUUUGGAGAGAAUUCUGGAGAACUGGUCUAAUGAGCCUGACAUUGCUACUUUGAAAUUGGACCUUCAUAAUGAAGACGAUGCUUACAUUUCUCCGCUUAAGAAUUUUCUUUGUCCUUUGACUAAGGAAGUUAUGAAGGAGCCUGUGGUGUUGGAAUCUUCUCAGACUUAUGAGCGCAAAGCCAUCAACCAUUGGUUCCACCGCUGCAUAGAGGACGGUCGUGAGCCAACUUGUCCAGUCACUGGGCAGGUUUUGAAGUCCCUGGAGGUGAAGCCCAAUAUUGGGCUGGCGGGGGCUAUUGAGGAGUGGACUAAUAGAAUUAUUGAGGUUCGCGUUAAAUCUGCAGUGGAGGAUCUCAGUAGGGAGCCCGUCCAGGUGGAUUGCAUUGAACGAGCACUAGAUAAUAUUUACAAGAUCUCGGAGGAGCAUCCUUCAAAUAGAUAUCGAGUUAGGAGUUCUGGUGCAGUGGUGCUAAUUAUUAAGUUGCUAAAGAACUCUUCCAAGAGUAUUGGCACGAAUUUGAGAGCUAAAUCUCUUUCGGCUUUGCUCAGUAUGACGAAAGAUGAAGAAAGCAAGAAAAUUAUGCUUGAAGGGGGUGUCACUAGACUGGCUAUACAUGGCCUAAUAGGGAGUUCUGAGAAAGAAAGAGAGUAUGCUGUGAAGUUAUUACUUGAGUUCACCAGUGAUGAAGCUUAUUGUAUUAAAAUUGCAUCCGAAAAGGGGGCAUUGGUUCUUCUUUCAAGCAUGGCAGGAAACCUGGAAUUUCCUGCAUUGUCAAAGCUUGCAGAAGAGGUGUUGAAAAGGAUGGAGAGGCUGGAAGAUAACAUUCAGCCUUUGGCAGCAGCUGGAAGAUUUGAACCUUUGCUUACUAGGCUAUGUGAAGGUUCUGAUGAUGUUAAAAUAGAGAUGGCAUCUAUUGUGGGAAGGAUGACAUUAACAAAUGGCAGUAAAGAACAAAUAGCACGGCAAAGUGCUAAAAUACUAGUUGAAUUACUGUCUAAGCCUGAAGGAAGGGCACCUAGUUUGCAAGCAUUGUAUAACCUAUCAAGUUUGGAUGAUAAUGCAACCAUCCUUGUUGAUUCUGCUGUACUUCCAGCUCUUACGGACAUUCUUUUUGAAAAUCAGAAAGAUCCACCAGAACUUGAGGAAUUGGCUUCUGCGACAAUGGCUAACAUAGUAUCAAAUCCUGGGCACUGGGAAUUAGCAUAUGCUGACAGCAAAGGGAACUCAUUGCAAUCAGAAUCUUUCAUAUUCAGUCUUUUGGGGCUCUUAUCUGUUGCCUCCCCUCAUUGUCAAGUUUCUGUGCUUCGCAUCCUUUGUGGUAUUGCAUCUUCUCCGCAAGCUGCAGAGUCAGUUACAGCUCAUAUAAAGUUUGCUGAUGGCAUCAAAACCAUUAUACCAUUUCUUGAGCAUCCUGAGGUUGAACUCAGGAUAAAUGCUUUUAGGAUUACAAGUUUACUCUCAGGAAGAUUUGGUCAACAAUUAUUACAUGAGCUAAAACCAUGUAAUAAGCUUCCUUUGUUGAAAGAAAAACUGUUGGAUGACACAUCUACAGAUGGUGAGAGAUCCGAUGCUGCAAGCAUACUGGCUAACCUUCCCCUAUCUGAGGAUGAAGUGAAAGCACUCCUGGGAGCUAGUUUCGUCAGAUGGGCAGUUCUUUUACUCAAAAACCUGCACCGGGGUACCAAUGGAAGAAUAUCAAGGCCAGCACCAAGCAUGAUUGAAGGGAUUCUCGGCCUCUUACUCCACUUCACGAAGAACCUUGAUCAGCAAACCCUUGGUAUGGUCAGAGAGUAUCAUCUUAUGACCAUUUUCUGUGAGCAGCUUUGUUUUCCUUCAAAACCAAGAGCAAAACAGCUAUCUUCUCUCGGAUUGAAAAACUUAUCAGAAGCCUGCAAGAUGCUUACAUGUGAUAGAUCAGAACCACCACCUCGCCAUGGACUUUGUGCUUCUUGGAUCUUCAUGUGUGGGAGUGGUCCUCCUAAACCUUCCACUUGUCCAUUUCACAGUGUUCCAUGUGAUGAAACUAGUCAGCUAUGCUUGCUAAAGAGCAAUUGUAUCAAACCCCUGGUAGACCUUCUAACUGACAAGGAUACUAAUGUUCAAAUUGCUGCAGUUGAAACACUUUCAACUCUUGUGCCAGAUACUGCAAACAGUUGUAAAAGAGCUAUUGAUGAGCUUGAACAACAAGGUGUUGUUGAUGCUGUGAUUGUUCUUUUCACAGAAGUUCGACCUGGGGAUCUCCAAGAGAAGGCAAUUUGGAUGAUAGAUAGAAUACUGAGGGUGGAAGGAUGCUCUCAUCGGCAUUCCCUUAAUCAGUCUCUUGUUAGGGCUUUGGUGGAAGCCUUCAAGCAUGGUAAUGCAAACACUAAGAGGCAUGCUCAGGAUGCUCUUAUAAAUCUCAAACAGUUAUCCUGUAUUAGUGGAAAGAGCACAAGCCAAGCUCAUUCAGGAAGAUAAUCGACAACUGUUAAUGAAUGCUGCAAAUCAAUGAAGCCAAAAUAUGGUUCCACAGAUGAGGAGGUCCCACGCUCUGGUCUUAGAGGGGACCUGCAAAACAAGAAAGAUGACAUCUGAGACAUUUGGUGCAUGAUCAAGCACACGCAGGGAUCCUCUGAUGCCCAGGUCAAAGAUUAAAAAUGACAGGCAUUAAAAGUAAAUCUCCUUUGCUUUGCCCUUAGUUAGACGAAGAGUAGAGCGUAAGUUUAUUAGGCUAGUCUCUUUAUCCUGGUCACUAUAUUAUGUUGUCCAAUUGAUUAAGCGAUGGGUUUUUGAUGCAAUAAGUAAGCGAUCAGAGUGGCCUGAUUUAUAUCAUUCGUUUUAUAUGAGAACAGUUGAAGUCAUUGUGCAUCUUUGGAAUUGAUGUACUUGGUUUUUGCUAGACCACUAUAAGAGAGAUUCGCGAAGCUUCCAUGAUGCAGGGUAAGGGCUAAGUAACAUGAUUGGUUGCACUUUAGAAGGUAUGCGUCGUCAAAAUGCCUCUCGAGUUAUCCUGUUGGAAG